ACGGUGUUGCUAUUUCCGGUUCCUGUUGUUAGUCAUGGUGGAAAAAUCGUCAACACAAACAUUGUGGUGUUUGCUGAGAAAUUAAUUUGGGUUAAGGAAGCUGCGAUUCAGGUCAGUGGUCAUUGGGUCGAAGGUGAAGCUACCCGACACAUACACGUGUGUAUGCACAUACAUACAUAUAGAUACACGCAUUGACGAAAACGCACUCAAAUAUACACACAUUGCAUAGAUACAUACAUUGUAACAGGCAGACACACUCGUAUAGACUCAACCCUGGUACGGCGUUCGACCCAGGGUUAAAAAAAACCCCCAACAUUCUCGUAUAUACAUAGACAUAUACAUACGUAGGCACACCUAUACAUCUAUUAAAAUUACCCAUACGUAUAUAUAUAUAAAUGCAUUUACAUAUAUAGUCUAUAUAAACUGCUACUUGAGCACAUACACACACAUCUCAGGUGUGUAUAUGCACACGCAUUGAUCAUAUAUCUACGCACACACACACAUCUAUGGCAAUGAAGGUGUAUAAGUAGGCUAUGCAGACAAGCUUAAUUAACACUGGUGAUAAUAGCAAUAGUUUUAAUUGUCACUUAAUUAAUGAAGUAAAUUAUGGCUGAAGAAGAGGAACAAACAGAGACAAGUGAGAAAACGCCGCUCCAGUGUGCAGAGGAAGCUGUCAAUGACCUUUAUGACUUCCGUGACCAUUAUUUCGAGAAGUUCAGCAUCAGUAAAUCACAUCUCAAAGAUGAAGAUGUCAAAAAGAAGAUGGAGGAAUGUCUGGAAUUAUUAUCAUCCAAGAAAGGUUUGUCUAAGAACAAAGUCUCUCUCCGCAAUCUAUCCAUGGUGUUACGUCAAAUCCCUGGUAUUCCGCCUUUGGAAAAGUUGGAAAUAGUUAAAGAAAGCGUGGAAAAGGCCAAGGAUGCUGUGCACAUGGAUAUCACUGAUGGAAGCUCAUGGGCUAAUCUUGGAAAUGCCUAUCUGUCCCUUUUCUUUGCUGAAGGGCAGAACCCUAAAACUUUAAAACAAGCAAUGAGUGCCUAUAACCAAGCUGUGAGAGACCCAGUUGCCAAAAAUAAUCCUGAUCUCCAUUUUAACAGAGCCAUCGCAUACAAAUACCAGGAAGACUACCAAGAGGCCCUGGAGGGUUUCUCUACAGCGAAAGCCCUUGACUGUGAUUGGUUGGGCCCAGUGGAACAGGAGACGCGUUUGUUGGACUUUCUCACCCAGUUAACCAUGUUACAGAGCUCACAUGGUAAAAUGAAAGCGAAGAAGUUAAUAAACCUGAGUAAGUCAAUCAAGGAAAGUGACCUUGGUCCUUACCAGGGAGGUAACUAUACCGCAGACAAUGGACGGACCGUAGAGCUGAAGAAGAAAAUGUUUAAGGAACUGCAACCCGGGGUUAACAAACACACAGUGAUUGUUGGUAAAGUUGUCUGCACAAUAUCACAUGUUGAUCCAAUACCUUUGUAAGUAUUUACUACUCAC